AUGAACCCAGAUAAUGAUAAUGAUUCUUUACCAUUAUUAACAUUACCAGAACAAUUAUUUUUAUUAAUAUUAAAUCCAGAAACUGGGAAAUUACCAUAUACAUUUGUACCAUUAUUUCAUGGUUUCGUUGGAUGUGGUAUUGCAGAAUUACAAUUAAUGGAUAAGGUUAUUGUAACAAAACAAAACUCACAAUCAUUUAAUAACAAUAAAAUGUUAAUUAAAGUAAUUGAUCAUUCAAAAACUGGUGAUACAUUUUUAGAUUAUAUAUUAUCCAAAUUAUCUAAUUCAUUUGCUCAAAAAGGUUUACAAAUGGCAACUGCAAUCUUAACAAUUUCAGUCGGUUUAAAUAAAAUGAAAAGAAUUACAGAAACAAUUGCACAAUCAUUAAUUAAAAAAGGAUUUAUAAGAGGAACUUUAAAAAGAUCAGUUUUAUUUAAAAAUAAAUCUAUUUAUGAAGUAAUAGAUUACCAAGCUAAAUUAUCUGUUGAAUCUAGUAUUUGUAAAGUUUUAUCAACUCCUCCAGAUUAUCCAGAUAACUGUUUAAGGGAAUUAAUUAUUUUAUUAACAUUUAAACAAUAUGAAGAUUUUUUAAUUAAACCAAAAUUAAUGGAUUCUUUAAUUUCUCGUUUAUACCAUCCAGAACAAUGUGCACAUAUUAAAGCAAAUCUUAGAUUAAUUAAUAAAAAUUUCUAUAAAGAACCAAGUGAAGUACAUUUAACAAAUGACCCAUCAGUUAAAAUGUUAAGUUUAGUUAUUGGGGGUAUUAGAAAUGCAAUCACCUCUGAAUAA